UGGGGGCCCUCUAACGGCGGUGUUCCGCUGGAAGGUGCCGUCGCGCCCCAAUGGCGUCAUCCGGCAGUACGAGGUGCAGUGCUGGUCGCAGCCGGCCGCCGCCCCCGCCGCCGCUCCCUCCCCGCCCCCCAAGUCCUCGGCGUGCCCGGCCGCGCUGCUGCCGCCGCUGCACACACAGAUCAUGCUCAGGGAUCUUAUGCCGAAUUCUGUUUACUUUUUUCGGGUUAGAGCCUACACAGACGCCGGCUACGGCGAAUUCUCUGAAGUAAUUUCUGCGCCGUCCGAUGAAAUAAAUCCAAUUCCGAAAGUAAUGAUAUCUUCACAAGAAUCGAUUAAGACUUUCGAUUUGGACUCCGGUGAUAGUGAGAUCGUACCGAAGAGUACGGGGAGGCCCGUCGACUUCGUCGUCUCCACGGAGGAGAAUGUCGUAUACUGGGUCAACAACUUGGAGGAAAUAUUCUCAUCGAGAAUUAACGGUAGCGGGCACUAUAAGUUAACAUCAAUAAAUGCGUCAGCGACGAGUAUCUGCGCGGACUGGGUGGGGCGCGCCGUGUACUGGAGCCAGCACGAGGUGACGGCCAGCGAGGCCUACGUGGUGUACCGCGCGCGCCUCG